AUGCCCAUCGCCGCCACGACCGUAGCUACGCAGAUGGCCACCUUGGCUACACAAGGAGCCUACGCACUGCUGAAACGAGAAGCCGAAGAACCGGAUACGGAUGAACCGAAAGAUGUCGAGCAGUCGGAGAUGCUCGCGUCGUGGGCGCUGUUCAUCCAGGUGUCGCUGGUGCUGUUGGCGCUGUUUUUCAGCUACUAUCUGCAGCUUAAGAAGAUUCAGGCGGUGCAUGAGACUGUUGUUUCGAUCUUUGCGGGAAUGUUUGUCGGCUUGAUUAUUCGGGUUACUCCUGGAGAGUAUCUGCAGAGUCUCGUCAAGUUCGACUACCAGAUCUUCUUCAACGUUUUGCUGCCGCCUAUCAUUCUGAACUCGGGAUAUGAAUUGCACCAGGCAAACUUCUUUCGGAAUAUAGGCUCGAUAUUGACGUUCGCUUUCGCCGGGACGUUUAUCUCGGCGUGGACACUCGGAAUCAUCAUCUACAUCUGGUCGCUGACGCCGUUUGAAGCGCUCAACAUCACCUUUGUCGAGGCGAUAAGCGUGGGUGCAACCCUUUCGGCCACGGAUCCGGUCACAAUUCUGGCGAUCUUCAACGCGUAUAAGGUCGAUCCGAAGCUGUAUACUGUCAUCUUUGGAGAGAGCAUUCUGAACGAUGCGGUGGCUAUCGUCAUGUUCGAGACGGCCCGACACUUCCAUGGUGCGGAACAGGCUACCAUAGGGAGUCUGUUUAAGGCCAUUGGUGUCUUCUUCGUGGUGUUCACUGUCAGUUUGCUGAUUGGCGUGCUCGUCGGCAUUGGAACGGCGCUGUUGUUGAAACAUACAUACAUGCGGCGCUUCCCGGGGAUUGAGAGUUGUUUCAUCCUGUUGGUUGCAUACGCAUCGUACUUGUUCUCCAACGGCUGCAGCAUGUCUGGAAUUGUCUCUCUACUGUUCUGCGGCAUCACGCUGAAGCACUACGCCUACUACAACAUGUCACGGCGCACACAGCUGACGACGAAAUACCUGUUCCAAGUGCUUGCGCAGCUCUCUGAGAACUUCAUCUUCAUCUACCUAGGGCUCUCCCUCUUCACCGAAACGAAACUCGUCUUCCGACCCGUCCUGAUCCUUGUAGUCACCAUCGGAAUCUGUGUCGCCCGUUGGGCUGCCGUCUUCCCACUAUCAAAGCUCAUCAACCUCGUAAUCCGCAAACGCGCACAAGCGCGCGGAAAGCCCGGCGCCGAGGAGCUCCCCCACAGUUACCAAGCUAUGCUCUUCUGGGCCGGACUCCGCGGGGCAGUUGGUGUCGCGCUCGCAGCCGGCUUCACAGGCGAUAACGGCAACUCCCUGCGCGCCACGGUCCUGGUCGUGGUCGUCCUCACCGUUAUCGUCUUCGGCGGGACAACCGCACGCAUGCUUGAGAUUCUUGGGAUCAGAACCGGCUGCGUUGAGGAACCAGAUUCCGACGACGAGUUCGACAUCGAGUCCACUGGGCGCUUCUACAAGUCCAACCCGAACGGCUUCGACGGCUUUGGCAACACCCCCGCCGUUGCGCUUGGCGACGUGGGAGCGGGCGGGUACGCUUCCGGUCAGCAGCGGCCGUCGCCCUCGGGCCGCACCCCGUCGGAACGACGCGCGAACGUCAACACCGACUUCCUGGCCGAGGAAUCGGACGCCGAAAGCGACGCGAGCGAUCUUCCGCCGCCUGCGGCGGCGAGGAGAAAUACCCUCUUGGCCUCCACCCCGCCAGUGCUCGAGGACAUCGGCAGCGGAAGCAGCAGCAGCAAUACUCCCCAGCCACAGGGCGCGCUCAGUCAACUCAGCGGGAUAUUCUCCGGCACGAGCGAUGAUCAGGCCGAGUGGUUCCGGAAGCUCGACGAGGGGUUUAUCAAGCCGAAGCUACUGCUGGAUCAAGGCGGGCGUGCAGGGGGUGGGGGGAGUGGGAGUGGCGGAAAUGGGCUAUGA